UGCCUCUUUCGCUAUAGUCACGUGACAGCUGCAUCCGGGCCUUUUGCCUUCUCUCCCUCUUCCCAACAUGGCGGCCUCAGGUAGAAAGCCAGUGCAGCCUGAACCAGCUAAAAAGACCAAGAAGAAGGGAAAGACCCUGACUCUGACAGACUUUCUGGCUGAGGAUGGUGGUAGUGCUCCUACCUAUGCCCCAAAGCCAGUUAGCUGGGCAGAUGAGACAGAUGACCUGGAAGGAGAUGUUUCCACCACCUGGCAUAGCAACGAUGAUGACAUGUAUCGAGCCCCUCCAAUUGACCGUUCCAUCUUGCCGACUGCACCUCGGGCAGCUCGGGAGCCCAAUAUUGACAGAAGCCGUCUCCCAAAAUCACCCCCCUACACUGCCUUUCUGGGAAACUUACCAUAUGAUGUAACAGAAGAGUCUAUCAAGGAUUUUUUCAGAGGACUUAAUAUAAGUGCUGUUCGUUUGCCUCGAGAACCUAGUAAUCCAGAGAGAUUGAAAGGAUUUGGAUAUGCUGAGUUUGAAGAUUUGGAGUCCUUGCUCCAUGCGUUGAGUCUCAAUGAAGAGUCUCUAGGAAAUAGGAGAAUACGAGUGGAUGUUGCUGAUCAAGCUCAGGAUAAAGAUCGGGAUGAUCGCUCCUUUGGUAGAGACCGUGAUCGCAACCGGGAUUCAGAAAGAUUUGAGUCUGACUGGAGGGCUCGCCCUGCUACGGAUAACUUUGAUGACUACCCUCCCCGCAGGGGAGAGGACAGCUUUGGAGACAGGUAUCGGGACCGUGACCGUUAUGAUUCGGAUCGGUACCGUGAUGGUCCCCGAAGAGAGAUGGACCGUUUUGGUGGCAGAGAUCGUUAUGAUGACCGUAGUAGGGAUUAUGAUAGAGGAGGCUUUGACUCAAGGUCAGGCAGUAGCAGAAGAGCCUUUGGCAGUGGAUACCGUCGUGAUGAUGAUUUCAGGGGCGGUGGGGACCGUUAUGAGGACCGUUACGAUAGGCGGGAUGACCGGAUGGAUCGGUGGAGCAGUUCACGAGAUGACUAUAGCAGGGAUGACAGCCGACGGGAUGAUAGAGGUCCCACUCAGAGGCCGAAAUUGAACCUGAAGCCCCGGAGCACCCCCAAGGAGGAAGAUACAUCCGUGGCGCCUGCUAGUCAGUCUAGCCGUGCCGCCUCCAUCUUUGGGGGGGCUAAGCCAGUGGACACUGCUGCAAGGGAGCGUGAAGUAGAAGAGAGGCUACAGAAGGAGCAAGAGAAGCUGCAGCGUCAACUGGAAGAUGAUAAACCCAGGCUGGAACGACGGCCCAGAGAACGGCACCCCAGCUGGCGUAGUGAAGAUAAUCAAGAGCGGUCACGGACUGGGAGCGAGUCCUCACAAACUGGUAGUACAACUCCUUCUGUGGGGACGGGCCCAACAGGGAGAACUUCACGGAGGAGGGAGAGUGAGAAAUCAUUGGAAAAUGAAAGCAUCAGCAAAGACGAUGAAGGUCUGUCUCCCACCUCCAAGUCUCCCAGAGAAGAGAAGCUUCCCCUGAAGGUGAUGCCAGCUCCUCCACCGAAAGAAAAUGCCUGGGUGAAACGCAGCAGCAACUCGCACCCAGCGCGCUCACAGAGCUCCGACUCAGACCAGCAUUCCCCCACAAGUGGCAGCCAGGCAAUGCCAUCCCUCUCACCGGAAGAUGGAGUGCUCCCUAAGAAUACCCCAAGGAAAGGAGAUGAAAACAGACCCGAUGGUGGAAAGGAGAGUAUUCCUAAAGCGCGAAGUGGGAGCUCUAGCCGUUCUCCUGGAGAUGGAGGCAGCAGAGAUCAUUGGCAAGACUCAGAUAGGAAAGAAAUCAAGAAAGAGCUUGACUCAAGAUCUGAGCCAAAGACAUUUGAAGAGAACCCUACCCCUAAAUUUAGCUAUGCUAGCAAGUAUGCUGCUUUGUCAGUGGAUGGUGACGAUGAAGCUGAGGGAGAUGAGUAUGCCGACUAAAUUCUCCAGUCCCUCUGUGUCAUCUCCUAACCAGUUGCCGCCCCGGAACAUUUGGAGAGCAAAACCAAACCUUUAUUCAGACAAGACAGAAAAAAAAUAAAAGCCUACAAGUCAACAUCUCCUUGGAGAGACCUUUCUUAAAAUCUUUCUUUAAAAAACAAAAAUGAAAAAAUGAUACAAUUUCUCUUGCAUGCUGCUGCAGCCUAUAAAGUAUUGAACUAACUGGAGAAAUCCCUGUUUUCAAAAAAAAUUGUAGCAAGAGAGGAAAUGGCAGGUGUCUUUAAAACAAACAGACAAAAGGAAUAGGCCCAAUAUGUGUCUUGAGUGUGACUUCACGCAGCUUCCAAUCACGUCCAGAGCCCCAGGUUCUUCCUGUUAAAGAGCUGAGGUUAGUGCUUUUGCAGGCCAGGUUUCUAUGAGAGAGAGAGAGACAGAGAGAGUGUGUAUUGAGGACAUGGGCAGCUAAGGACUAUCGCUUUCCUUGUUUUGUCAGCUUGGUUGACUUCUGCAGUGUAACCUGAAAUAAUUUGCUCUGAAAGCCUGAGUGCACUGGGGAAAGAGAGCAAGCAUGCGUCAGUAACUUGAGGAAGGGGUGAGGGGGCUUCCAAGGUAGGGGCUGUAUCCUUGCACAUGUUGGAGAGAGUGAUGAGCAGUUGCUCUCCCACAAUUCAGACAGUUUUGAAAUCCAGCAGAAACAAGCCAGGCCAGGCUUUGUAGCUCUUGCAUGCUGCUGCAGCCUAUAAAGUAUUGAACUAACUGGAGGGCAUCCUCUUGGAGGUCUCAGAGCUGCACUCCUACCCUUGCUGACAGGGAGGGUGCUGACAAUAGCUGUUGUAUAGAAAGCCAUUUCCUACAUGGUUCAGCCAAAAGGUGCAAUCUUUCACCCAUCACAACCCAAUCCGUACUUAUGAGGGCUUUUUAGUGCUGAGUGCGAGAAGGGUGCAGUUCGGUUGAAUCAUGCAGAGAGCCGUUUUACAGGCAUCACCAUAUGGAAUCAGUUUUCAGUAUCCUCCCUGCAGGAGGCUGUAAUAUAUGAAGGAACCAUUGGAUUUAUAGGAAUCAGUCGCUGGGAGCAAUUUCUGGGGAUGAUUAAAUUUCCUUGGACUUUUUUUCCUACCCCUUCCUAGACUUUUUAAAUCAUUGAGCUAGUACUACACACAUUUAUCAUAAAUUUAAAUAGCAGUUUUUACAUUUUGGGCAGUGUUUUACAGUAGUCAAAGUCUUUGAAGGUCUAGCUGAGCAUAUUUUGCUGUAGCAUCAUGUGACUGUUUACCUCCUUUGUUUUCUCCAGCUUGGGUAUGUCGGUGACUGGCAAACUUUUUUCAGCUCUUAUGGCAAAAGGCUGACUUUUGUUCCCCUGAGCUUUUUUAUUUUUUGGCCCCAAUUCCCCAUCAUCAUUACCAGACAUUAUGAAGAAAUCACUUUGGGGUUAGAUCUUGUGUUGUUUGUUUAGCACUGGGGUUCAUUCAUUCUUAUUCCUUGUGCUAAAGGGAAGCAUGGGAGUAGAACUGAAGUAGCACAAAGUUUUAAUAGCCCACUCUCAAAGUCCUGUAUACAAUGGUGGAUGUAGAACAUCUGGCUAGAAGGAGCGUCUGACUUUAUGAGGUGGCGCACACAUUCAUUGGGGAAUUGACGCAUUUUACAUAGUUUGUGGGGGGAGAGCAGUUUGAUUUUUUGCUCUUGAAACAAAUCCCAACUGGGUGAAAUUUAUAGUAAAGCUGCAGUGGUUGGUGUCUUAUUUCAGUAAAUUUUAGCUACAGUUCACGUCAGUCCUUUGAAAUUUAAAGAGCAUUGCCAUCUCCCAUGGGCAGGAUUGGAAAGGGUGGGGAAGAGGCCCCACUGUGAGCAGAGAUAGAUUUCAAAUGCAGUAUUGCUUUGAGUCUAUUAAAUGCAGAGAGAAGGGGGGCUACGCUGGAGGCAUACUGUUGAUUUGCAUACCCCAGAAACAUUUUCCUCCCCUCCGUCCCCUUGGCAUCUCUCUCUCUAUCUCUCUCUGCUAUCAGGACAGGUUCACAAAUGGAUUGAGGUGCAUUUUACACAUUCUGAAGACAUGUAAAAUUUGUACAAAAUAUCUUCUAUGAAAAUGAUUUGUAAUCUGUGUGGACUUCCUGGGAGAUGUCUUUUAUUAUGUAAAAUUCCCCCUUCCCCACCCCUUGUUUUUUUUCUCCAAAUAAAACUAAUCUUUAAAAUAA